UUACAUUCCAAAUUUUAAAGAGCAAGCUACAGUUUCAUAUUUCAUUCAGGGGCGACCAACCUGACUAACACCGAUCAUGGCUAGCCGGAGUAUGAGCUCUGCCGGAUUUUUUAUCGUUGCAGUGGCAAUAAUAGUAUCAUUACAAGGGGCAAAUGCUGCUACAAGAUAUACAGUAGGAGACGAUUUGGGAUGGACUGUACCUCCCAACAACUCAGUUGGCUACUACGAGAAUUGGGCUAACAACAAAACAUUUCAGAUUGGAGACUCCCUUUUGUUCAACUGGACUGGCACACACACUGCAACAGAAGUAGCAAACGAAGAGGAAUAUAAUAACUGCACAAAGACAGGAAUAGUAAUAGUAACAAGUGGAGUUAUUGUCCCUCUUGCCUCUAAUGGGACCCGUUACUUUGUCUGCUCCGUCGGCAACCACUGCGAACAAGGCAUGAAGGUGGCUGUCAAAGUUGGAAAUGGAAUUGCACCGCCGGCACUUCCUCCCUCCGCAGCUCCAUCGUUCACCGUUGCUGCUACUUCCUUGGCUGUUGCUCUGAUUUCCUCCAUACUUAUCCUCUUCUUCACUGCUAUUUAAUUUGUUGCGCUGUUUGUUUUGUGAGUGUUUAAUGUUCAGAGUGGAUUGUAUUGUAUUGUUUGAUGUAUUUGUAUUAGUGGAUUGUUUAUGGAGUAAUCAUGUAAUUAAUAUUUGUGUUUCAUCAUGUAAUUAAAAAAUGACUUAAUCAUGAAAA